UGGCAGCGCAGCAGCCAGCGGGGAUUCGCUUUCCUCCGCUCUCUCGUUUCCUGCAGGCUUAUAAUUAAUCACCGUGCUCAGGAGAACGGGCAGGAGGAGGAAACUCAGGCUGCCUGCAACAGUUCUGUAGCUUCUGCAAAUUCGUCUUUGUACCGCAGAGCUUUUGUCUUGCUCAGCUCUGUGCGCGGGGGCUCCGAGGCACUGAGCUGGGGGGGGGGGCUUGGGUUGCACCCUGGGCCGCCUGAUCCUAUGUUUUCUGUGUUCAGAGGUGGAAGGGAGAAUCCCAUUCCUUGCUGCAGCUUUGGGAUACACGAGGCAGCCAGGAUGCAACGUAAUGAAGACAGAAUUUGCUGUUCCACCCAGGUUAACAUCAAUGUUCUCGUGCGGCGCUCUGCUGCUCGAGAGGCAGAUGCAGCCAUGACAAAGACGUCUAUUAAUCAUUCAUUUAACACAGCAGCUGUAAUCAGAUUCAUUGCUGGAGCCUGGCCAUUCCAGAACGGGUAUUUUUGUUGCUGAACUCAUAAAAAACGGAACAGCUGAAGGGGUGGAAUUUGUUGGUAAACUCAUGAAACUUACCAUAUUCUUCAUUUUUUUUGGCUUUCUAUUACACUUACCAAUUCCUCCAAGGACAUGGGUGUUUUCCAGCAAAGGCAGCCAAAGGGUUAAGCAACAGUAGAAGAGAUUCCAAGUCUGCAAAGAGCAGAAAUAUCCCUUCCGAAUAAUAAUAAUGAUAAAGCUCUGCUUUGAAAUAAUUCAGAUACUAAAUUGGAAACGUGUGAUUUGAGCUCUAGGCAGCCUGAUGGUUGGCGACCCUGCACACAGCAGGGGGGCUGAAGCUAGAUGAUCAUUGUGAUCCUUUUCAACCCAGUUCUAUGAUCCUAUGAUUUGGGUGCAGCCUUUGGUGUAGUUUGUUCCAUGGAUGUGUAGAAAGCAGGCCCUUCAUUUGGAGACUGGGUUUGGUGAACCUCUCAGCUUGCAGCUCUCCCAUCCCCUCAUGCCAUCAUUGUGCAGUUGGAGCACACAGGGUCUGCAGUCAGCGCUCGCUGUUAUUUAUCCCAUUGGUGUUGGUGCCUCUAAGUCGUGGUUUAUUUUAAGUCCUCCAGGGCUUCUUUCUGUCUUUCUCCCUUUCUCAUAUAUAUAUUUAAAAGUAUUUUGGACUGUUUUGUUCCCUGGUAAACGCAGCUGCAGGGUUUGAGCACGUUCUCCUUUGCUGACGUUUGGUUAACUCCCCAUCCCAUCACCACGCACCUCCAAGGUCCUUCCUCUAUGGCUUUCUGAGAGUGCUCUCCUUCUGUUCUUUGACGUCUGUAGCUGUGCAGGGUGAGUCCCUUCAUGGCAAUGAUUCAUCUCUGAUGUCGAUACAGAGAAUCUGGAAACUCAGCUUUCUUCUGAAGCAAAGCAUAAAACAGGGACAGCAGAGGGAAUCCCUUCCUUGGUGAUGUUCCAAUGCAAAGCUGGUGGCAAAAGUGCAGCUAUUUGGACCCGGGUCAAACCAGCCAUUGCACAGCCCAAACAUCUUCAGGUUCCUCUUAUUUUCUUUCCUUUAGUAAAAUAGCUUCCAGAGCUGUGUGCACAGCGUGGCGUUAUGGACACAGUGAGCUCUGCCUGCCUGGUCUGGGCACCACCAGCACAUGGGGCUCUGGGAGCAGAGUGACAGGCCAAGGUGCCAUGCAGUGAGCCCCCCUCCAAGGAUGGAAAUAGAAACACGGCUCUUUGUUGCAGAGGAGCCACAGGGCAGGAGGGACAGGUUUGGAUCUGCAGAGGGCUUUGGGGCUAUUUGGUCACACAGUGGCUUUCUCCUCUCCACAGCACAGCAGUGACGCCUGCGUCACACACAGCUCAGAUGCUGAGCUAUAGGGACACACAUGAAAAACCUGCCUGAAUUAGAAAGAAUCAAGCAUUCAAGCAGUGAGUGCAUUGCUUCUGAUUGCAAGAUAUCAAGAGAAAUCAAGUCUCUAGGAGCCGUACCAGCCCUACUUUUCAUCCAGCCCAACAGCAAGCAUCAACGCUUGCUUUCUCCCCCACCCCAAGCGCUGCUGUGCCAUUGCAAUCACCCACUGGGUGCCAACGGUGUCUCCUCCUGGUGUGUGUCCCCCAGCAUCGCAUGGAGCAAACCCAGGGGAGCUCAGCAGCCAGCAGGUGCAAAGUAGGUCAACAUGAGUGGCCUUGGGGACAGCUCGACAGACCCCGCCAACCCCGACUCACGGAAGAGGAAGGGCUCUCCCUGCGACACGGCCCAGAGCAAUGAAAAGCGGCGGCGGGAGCAGGAGAACAAAUAUUUGGAGGAGCUGGCAGAGCUGCUGUCUGCAAACAUUGGGGACAUCGACACUCUGAGUGUCAAACCAGACAAAUGCAAGAUCCUGAAGAAGACGGUUGAUCAGAUCCAGCAGAUGAAGAGGUUGGAGCAAGAGAAAGCAGCUGAUGAUGAAGUCCAGAAGUCUGACAUCUCAUCCAGCAGCCAGGGAGUGAUUGAGAAGGAGUCGCUGGGACCUCUUCUGCUGGAGGCAUUGGAUGGCUUCUUCUUUGUCGUGAAUCGUGAAGGGAGGAUCGUCUUUGUCUCUGAGAAUGUCACCAGCUACCUGGGGUACAACCAGGAGGAGCUCAUGAACACCAGUGUCUACAGCAUCCUGCACGUGGGGGAUCACACCGAGUUUGUCAAGAACUUGUUGCCCAAGUCUCUAGUGAAUGGAGUUCCCUGGCCUCAGGAAGCGACCCGACGCAACAGCCACACAUUCAGCUGCAGGAUGCUGAUCCGGCCGCCCGAUGAGCCUGGCACUGAGAACCAGGAGGCUCGCCAGCGCUACGAGGUGAUGCAGUGCUUCACCGUUUCGCAGCCCAAGACGUUCAAGGAGGAAGGAGAAGAUUUCCAGUCCUGUCUGAUAUGCAUUGCGAGAAGGUUACCUCGACCAGCAGCCGUCACCCCUUCCGAAUCCUUCGUGACCAAGCAAGACACCACAGGUAAAAUCAUCUCCAUCGACACCAGCUCCCUGAGAGCUGCCGGCAGGACGGGUUGGGAAGAUUUAGUGCGGAAAUGCAUCUAUGCUUUCUUCCAGCCUCAGGGCAGAGAGCCAUCUUAUGCCAAGCAGCUCUUUCAAGAAGUGAUGACACGUGGCACAGCCUUCAGCCCAUCUUAUCGAUUCACCCUGAGCGACGGGACGGUGCUCAGCGCCCACACCAAGUGCAAGCUCUGCUACCCCUCCAGCCCAGAAGUGCAGCCCUUCAUUAUGGGCAUCCACAUCAUUGACAGGGAUCACGGCAUGCUGUCCUCCCAGGAGAACACUAACUCAGCCAUGGCCCUUCCGCGGGUCAGCCCCUCUCUGAACCCCAACAUCUCCCCAGGGCAAGGCAUGGCCCUGCCGCCCUCCAUCCCUCCCUCCAAUGGCAGCAUGCUGGCCACCCCUGGCAACCAGCAGCCCGGUGCCGGCCUCCACAGCAGCAACUCCAGCACCAGCCAAACGACCUUCGGCUGUUCUCCUGGGAACCAGAUAGGAGCCAAUGUUGCCUUAAGCCAGGGACAAGCCGGUCCCCCGAACAGUAACCACAAUUUAAACCUCAAUAGCUCCCCCAUGAACAGCCCAGGGAUCACCCCGCCACAAUUCAUGUCUCCUAGGCACCGGGUCAGCCCAGGACUGGUCCCCCGGCCCCGGGGACCCAGCAAUCCCUUCUCCCCCACCAUGCCCACCAUGCACUCCCCCGUGGGCAUGGCGAACAGCGGAGGGGGCGGCAACGGUGGUGGCGGCGGCGGCGGCUCCAGGUCCUUUCCCACCGCCCCCAUAAACUCUUUGCAGGGGCUUAGCGAAGGUGCCAGCACACCGGUGGGCUACUCCACGCCACCCCCUGUGCUGAGACAGCUGGGCUCCCAGAGCUCGCCCGGCCGCCUCGGCAUGCAGCCCAUGAAAGCGGAGUCCAAGGACAGCAAGGAGAUCGCCUCCAUCUUGAGCGAGAUGAUCCAGUCUGAUGGCGGUGCAGGCGACGGCAAACCGCUGGACUCGGGUGUGCUGCAUGCCAGCGAGAGGCUCACGGAGGGGGAGAGCAAGUGCUCCCAAUCCACCAGCCACAAGCUGGUCCAGCUGCUGGCCAGCACGGCCGAGCAGCAGCUUCGGCACGUGGAUGCGGACACGAGCUGCAAGGAUUCAUUGGCCUGUGCGGGCACCACGAGUACACUGGGUGCCGGCAACCCGCCGAGCAGCACCUGUCCCUCCUCCCAUAGCUCGCUGACCGAGCGGCACAAGAUUUUGCAUAGACUCCUUCAGGAGGGCAGCCCUUCUGACAUCACCACCUUGGCCAUGGAGCAUGACAAAAAGGAUAACGUCCCCAACCCCGCCACCACCCCCACAGCCCCGAGCCAGCUGCCGGGCACCCCGGACAUCAAGCUGGAGUCGGAUGCGAUGAAAAAGAAAGAUGUCAAGGAUCACCAGCUCCUGCGCUACCUGCUUGAUAAGGACGAGAAGGAGCUUGCCGCCGCCCCAGCCCUCAGCCUGGAUGACGUGAAGGUGAAGGUGGAGAAGACAGAGCAGAUGGAGCCCUGUAACACCACCCCGGUGCCGCUGGCCAAGCCGCCGGCCGCAGAGGAGGUCAAGCUGGAGUCACAAGGCCAGUUUGCUGCCGAACUGGAGCAGCUGGACCAACUCCUGCCAUCACUGGAGAAAGCUGCCCAGCUGCCAGGCUUGUGUGGGCCGGAGAGGAGUGAGAGCGGCGUGGCUGUCAAACCCGAAAUGCUGGCAGCCCCCCUGCAGCCCAGCACUGCCCCCAGAGCCCCCGCCGGCCUCAACCCUAUCAGCAGCGGGCAGGGCAUGCAGGCAGCUCGUGCCCCCUUUGAGUUCUGUGACCCACUGGAGCCAGCUCAGCUGAGGCCAGUUGCUUUCCCCGCAACCAACGGCAGCAGCCCGCGGCCCCGAGCGCCGGCGGAGCAGGGCAGGGGCACUGUGCCGGGACCAAACCCCUUCCCACCUGACACAGGGAUGUCAGAGCUGGAGAUGGGGGUGCCAGAUCACCAGUUUGGGCAGCCAGGCAUGGGUGAGCAGAUCCCAUGGACAGAUAACAGCAUGGCACCCAUGAACCGAAGCACGCUGAGUAAACCUGAAGACCCCUGCAUCACCUCGCAGCUGGACGAGCUCCUGUGUCCUCCCACCACCCCGGAGGGCCGCAACGAUGAGAAGGCACUGCUGGAGCAGCUCGUGUCCUUCCUGAGCGGCAAGGAUGAGACAGAGCUGGCUGAGCUGGACCGAGCCCUUGGCAUUGACAAACUGGUGCAGGGCGGCGGGCUGGAAGCCCUGACGGAACGGUUCCAGCCUCAGCAAGCCACCCCUCCUCUGAUGAUGGAGCAGAAGCCCGGCAUGUACCCCCAGCCUUACUCCUCAGCAUCUCCCACCACCAACCUCCCUGCCGCCUUCCCCGGCAUGGUCCGGCAGAAGCCAUCCUUCGGUCCCAUGCCGGUUCAGGUCCCGCCGCCGCGCGGUGCCUUCCCCACCACCAUGGCCAUGCAGCCCCGGCAGACGCUCAGCCGACCCCCCACGGCUCCCAACCAGCUGCGACUUCAGCUGCAGCAACGGCUGCAGGGCCAGCAGCAGCUGAUCCAUCAGAACCGGCAGGCGAUCCUCAACCAGUUUGCAGCCAGCUCCCCCGUGGGCAUCAACAUGAGGGCAGGCAUGCAGCAGCAGAUGACCCCGCAGCCUCCCCUCAACGCCCAGAUGCUGGCCCAGCGUCAACGCGAGCUCUACAGCCAGCAGCACCGGCAACGGCAGCUCAUGCAGCAGCGAGCCAUCCUCAUGAGACAGCAGAGCUUUGGCAACAACCUCCCACCCUCAGCCGGGCUCCCGGUGCAAAUGGGGGCCGCCCGCCUCCCCCAGGCUCCCCCACAGCAAUUCCCUUAUCCCCCCAACUACGGUACGAGCCCCGGGAACCCUCCCACCUCCACCAGCCCCUUCUCGCAGCUGGCAUCCAGCCCUGAGGCUGCGUUGGCCAACCGUGGUGGCAUGGUGACCAGGGGGAUGAUGGGCAGCGUCGGAGGGCAGUUUGGUGCCGGGAUGACGCCGCAGAUGCAGCAGAACAUCUUUCAGUAUUCGGGAUCAGGCAUGGGUCAGCAGAAUGAGCCUGCCUUCGCCCCCUCGCUCAGCCCCAGCAGUCCCCUGAUGUCACCACAGCUCCCUCCAUCACAAAGCCCAAUGCUGCAGCCAGCACCACCUGCACCGGGCUAUCAGUCACCCGACAUGAAGACCUGGCAGCAGGGAGCCAUGGGGAACAGCAGCGUAUUCAGCCAAACGGGGCAGACCCAGCCAGCACCGGCCCAGCAGGGAAUGUACAACAACAUGAGCAUCACGGUCUCCAUGGCAGGAGGAAACACCAACGUCCAGAACAUGAAUCCCAUGGCAGGACAGAUGCAGAUGAACUCGCUGCAGAUGCCUGGGAUGAACUCCAUGUGCUCAGAACAGGUAAACGACCCGGCGCUGAGACCCACGGGCCUUUACUGCAACCAGCUUUCCUCCACUGACCUUUUGAAAACAGAAGCAGAUGGGGCGCAGCAGGUACAGCAGGUUCAGGUGUUUGCCGACGUGCAGUGUACAGUGAAUCUGGUAGGAGAUCCCUACCUGAACCCGCCGGCUCCCCUGGGCGCCCCGAAAGCCGCCGCGGUGCCGCCGACCCCGCAGGGCCAACAGAAGAGCCUUCUUCAGCAGCUACUGACUGAAUAAACCGCUUUUCGAGGAAUGUGACACACACACAAAAAAACAAAAAAAAAAAAGAAAAAAAGAAAAAGAAAAAAAAAAUUUAAAUAAUGAGACGUACAGAGAUAUAUAAAUAUAUAUAUUAUAUAUUUUUCUGAGAUUUUUGAUAUCUCAAACCGCAGCCAUUCUUCAGCUCGUAGUGUUCGGAGCAAAAAGGGGGGAGGGGGUUUGUUUCGUUUUGUUUGGGGGGUUCUUUCAGUGGGUUUUGUUUAUUCCCCUUCCCUGUUUUCCCCCCCUCCCCUCCUUUCUUUCCCCUUUGGUUUCCAUUCCCCCCCCCCU